GUAAAGUUGACUCUUUAUGCCAAGAGUUGAAAAAACAAAAUCUGCAAAAACAAAAAGUUCUAAUAUUUUGAAGUUAAAUUGGUUAUUAAGAAAAAUUACAGUAUGCAAGUAUUCAUCUCAAGUGCUCUGAACGCCCUCCCACGCUCAUGCACACACACUUUCACACUGUCUUCUCACUCUACUCCAGUUAGUCAAUGACCAACGUGCAGAAGAUCACAGCAGAGGAAAAGAAGAUUUGACUAGCUCCUUCUCCACAGUGCGCAGCGUCUGCAGCCAAAUGCAGCACAUUCCAGCUCUUCACCAGCUUGUACGUGGAACUUCCUUUUGAUGGGGCAACACCAAAUUCCUGUCUUGAGGUUGGAGUUUUAAAGAGACGCACUGGGCAGCGCUGAUGUGAGAUCCAAAACGAGGAGACAUGUCUGCGGCUCAAGGACUUCUCAACAGCGUCUUCUCCUGCUCCUCUCCUGCCUCCAAAGCCAUAAUCAAACGGAGGCUACGCCAGACCCGCAGCCUGGACCCCGCGAUCAUAAGACAUUGUGGCACCGGCACCGAGGCAACAACUGGAGCACCGCUUUCUGGAGCGGCGGCUGCGGACGCAGGUGCGUCUCCGGAGCGCGUGGCUGUCAAACCAGCUUUACGCACUAAGAUUCCGACACUAAAGGAGCCCAUAACCCCGUCCCUCUCUUCUCCUUCCAUACCAUUGGAUGUUUCUCCAUCCUCCAACUUCCACUUUGACUAUGAUACAGUGAAGUGUGCUAAAAGGAAUACCGCCGGGGAUUUACCGUUUCUGGUGAGGGGACCCGGCGCUGCGCCGUCCGGGAGCACCGGUACGCUGUUCUCCCCGCGGAGGUGGCUCCAGAGGAAAGUGCAGCCGUCCAGCUCUCACGCUUACGUUGUGUGGAAAUCAGAGGGUGAUUUCACCUGGAGCAGCCUGUCGGGGCGGAGUGUGCGUCUGACCCCAGUUGCCAUCCAGAGCCUGUCGGAGCUGGAGAGGGUCAGGCUGCAGGAGGUGGCCUACAACCGCUUACAUCAGGACUAUGACCUGGGAUGUCAGAUUACCAUGCCAAAAGAUGGACAGAAGAGGAAAAAGUCGCUGAGGAGGAAGUUGGACUCUCUUGCAAAAGAGAAGAGUAAAGACAAAGAAUGCAUACCCCAGGCCUUCAGUAUACCCCUCUCCCAGGUCAUCGCUAAUGACAGAACGCACAGGCAGCGUCAGGACAGCUAUCGUCAGGACCCUCCACAGCGUGAGGAGCACAAGGACUCCUCUGACCUCGUCUCAUCCAUUUUACAGUUUGCCACCAAGCGGCCGUCCAAUAAGGAGUUAUCCAGCAGUAACUCUUCACUGAGUUCUACAUCAGAGACAGCCAACGAGUCGACGUCACCCAACACCCCAGAAGCUGCACCACGCGCACGCAGGAGGGGAGGCAUGUCAGUGGACUCCAUCACCGACCUGGACGACAACCAGUCGCGCCUGCUCGAGGCGCUGCAGCUCUCUCUGCCCACCGAAACUCCCAGUAAAAAGGAGAAGCACCGGGACAAAAGGCUGAGCCUCAAUCCCAUCUACCGUCAGGUGCCCAGGGUGGUUGACAGCUGCUGUCAGCACAUCGAGAAAUAUGGUUUGCAGACUGUGGGGAUCUUUAGAGUGGGCAGCUCCAAGAAGAGAGUCCGACAGCUGCGUGAGGAGUUUGAUCGUGGCAUUGACGUCCAGCUGGAUGAGGAGCACAGUGUUCAUGAUGUGGCUGCUCUGCUGAAGGAGUUCCUCAGGGAUAUGCCCGACCCUCUCCUAACCAAGGAGCUCUACACGGCCUUCAUCAACACCACAUUGUUGGACCCAGAUGAGCAGCAGAAUGUUGCUCAGCUCCUGGUCUACCUGCUCCCAGCAUGCAACAGUGACACGCUCCAUCGCCUUCUGGAGUUUCUGUCCACUGUGGCCGAUCACGCGCACGACCGACAGGACAAAGACGGACAAGAGCUCACAGGGAACAAGAUGACAUCUUUGAAUCUGGCCACCAUCUUUGGCCCUAACCUGCUCCACAAGCAGAAGAACUCAGACAAAGAGUUCAGCGUCCAGAGCUCGGCCAGAGCCGAGGAAAGCACAGCCGUCAUCGCCGUGCUGCAGAGAAUGAUCGCCAGCUACCAAACCCUCUUCAUGGUUCCUCCUGAUCUGCAAAAUGAGGUGUUGAUGAGUCUGUUGGAGACAGAUCCAGAUGUGGUGGACUACCUUCUGAGGAGAAAGGCAUCACAGAGUCCUGACUUGUUGCCGUCAGAGGAGCCCUUCACCCUGAGCGAGCGCCGCUCCUCCAGUGAUUCCAACAAGGUGUCCAGUGGCGAGGUCUCUCCUUAUGACAACAACUCCCCGGUCCUGAGUGAGCGGAGAGGAGAACCAGGGAGCCCAGGCAGCGAGCAGCUCUUCCGUGUCCCAGAGCAGUACACUCUGGUGGGGCAGGUGGCUGGCUGGAGCAGAGAGCCUGGAUCAGCUGACACUUGGGGUACCAAAGACACUAUAUCAGAGGAGCAUGCUAACAUAUGGGGAACGUGGCACAGCACUCUAAAACCAGCACUCAAGGACCAACCAUACACAGGUUCCCAUGGCAACAUGUCAGAAGGAAGCUCCCGCAGCUCACAGGAAGGUCUCGAUGGACUCCAUGCCGAUGGUAGGCAUCAGGCAACGCUACAACGGACUCAGACAGCACCAGGCAUCACUGAGUGCAGAUCCCACCCCCCGGUCAGCAGAGUGUGCACCAGCCCUCAUGUAGGGACGGGACGACCACGGCUGCAGCUAAACAUCAACCCCUCGGUGACAUCGCACCUCAACAGCACGCAAGGCCUCCAGCGAGCAAGUGGACACGGAAUUAAUCCGAGCUCCAGACCUCAAGGCGGGGUGAACAUUGCUGAUGGUGGCCCUGCUACGCUUAAUGACAGCCGCUUUCCACCCCCUUAUAACGCCCACCAUCGACUGGCUAGUUCUCAAAGUUCGCCUCAGCUCGCAGCGGCUCAGCUGCCCCCUCUGCAGCAUGGGAGGUCCAGUGCAACGCAGAGUAACUCAGCCUCAACAACAGAGGCCCAAAUGGUGCCGCAGAGCCCGGAGUGGCAGGACUGGCAGAGGGACCGGUGGCAGAUCUGGCAACUGCUGUCCUCGGACAAUGCCGACACACUGCCUGAAACACUGGUCUGAUCUCAGUCCGUGAACUCCAGCUUAAUCUCUGUAGAGAUUCUGAUCUGCUGGCCAACCAAUGGCACAGUCAACUCCUCCUAUUGACAAUCACCUCUGAUCCUUUCGCUAACCUUCUGUGCUUCUCCUGCAUCUUAGCGCCGUGGUGUUGUUGUUUACGUGUGCAGCUGCUGCCUUAUACGGACUUUUACAUCCAAGAGCCACUAGUAUUUUUUGUUUUGUAUGGAUGUUUAAGAGUUGCUUCUGUUGCAAGCCCAUAUGUUUUGUCCAUAAUGACUAAUGAGUUGUGAGCAUAGUAAAACAUGCCCACCAGAAAUACCUCAAAAAACACAUUUUCUAUUCUGAGAGUUAAAUCUUCAUAUCUCAUUUGAGAACAAUAGGAAAGCACCAUUUCUUUAGUUUAUUAUAUUUUUAUUUGAUUAUUUUUACUUUCUUUAAAAUUUCAACCAUAAGACACUAAGAUGUACGCAUUAGUAAUUGCUGCUAAAUGUAGACUUUUUGUGUGCGUACUCUUGAUGUAGUUCAGCCACAUCUGUCUAAAAAGAUCAAAUGUUGAAUAAUUUUUCGUUGUCAGAUGAUGUUUGACUGUAUAUAUACAACCUGUUGACAAACAUACUUAUACAAUAUAUAUGUAAAUUGACAUGUAAAGUAUAUAAUUUGCCAAUCUACCUAAAAGUAAGUCAGCCCUUUAACAGGCAGUCUAAAUGUUGGUGUUUGUCAGACUGCUGUUUUCUGUUGUUAAUAUUGAAUGUAAAAUGCUUCACUUAUGGAAGAUGCUUAGACCUACUUAUAAAGCACUCGACUGUAAGUUUGCUUCUAUGUGCUCCUGCCACCUGCUGCACUGCAGGAUCAAUGUGCCAAAGUCUGUUUUUUUUUUUUUUUUUUUAUGUUUUAACUUCAGGAUAUUUAUCUUACAAUUGUGUUCAUUUCAUCCAGUUGUUCAUUUCGAAGGACACUCAAUAGCUUGUGACAUUGUCAGGAAUGUCAUUGCCGCAGUAUAGGAGUAAGGGGGCUCAUUUUAAGACACACAAAGAUUUCAUCAUCAGGUUGGUGUGAGGAUCAUAUUUCCAUCUAUUUAUAAAAUGACUAACUCAACAGUAAUUAAUUUAUGUGAAUGACAUGACAUUCAUUUUCUUAUACCUCUCAUGCUAGACUGAAUAUUCCAGCUUGGUUUAGAUUCAUUACCUGUCUAAAAGGCUUGAUGGAUUUUUCUAGUUGUCAUUAAAAUUCAUAAAAAAUUGAAUGCUCCAGCAGUGGUCAAACUGAGGUGCUUGAAAAAACAAAAAGUGUCCUCAUCACUUCAAAUGCAGUGUUGCAAAUCCACAUGGAAAUAUAUUUCUGAAUAUGCCAACAACCAACCUGUCAAAAUCCUCUCAAAUGUCACAGUCAGGUGGGUAUUUGCUGGCAAAUAUUUCAAAUUUUCUCAAGUUAUGGUGUAAUAUUUGCUCAUUUGAAGCUACUUCAGCAUUAAAUCUGGAAACACACUGUAUUUGAUUCGACAUGUCUGUCAUUUGCUUGGCACUUGUAAAUUACGUUGAGGAGAAAAUGGAAAAGACUCACAAGUGCAAGAAGUGGACAGACUCUGGUAAGAGUUAUGGCGCCAUCUAUUGUCAGAUCAUGUGCAUUGGCAUGCUGCUGCUUCCCACAGUUCAGUGUCUCCAUGGCAUCCAACUGCGCUCAAUGUAGAAUCAAAGCUUCUGAUUAUAAGCACCUUCUGUGAAAAUGUAAAAAUCUGUGUGAGGAAAUAAACGUGCCAUAGGACUCCAUGCAUUACUCAAGGUUCAUAUUGUGAAUUUUUUUGUAUUACGUUGUUUUUUUCAUUGAGUGUUGUAAUAUAUAAAUACAAUAUAACAAUUUUUAUUCAUAUGAACAAGAAAAAAAAAAAAAAAAAGGAGCAAAUAAUCCUAAUGGUCCUAGCUCUGUUUCCCCAAACCAAGACCGUGUUUGUCUUACUGACGUCAACUAAGAGAAACUUAGUGCUAUGGUGUUUUUUUGUUGAUAUUUUGGUGGGGUUCACUGGGUCCAAGUUGUAAUGGAAUAUCUGGUAAUUGCUUUUGUACUGCGUGUCAUCAUCAAUAUGCUACUGUGGAAUUAAAUAUGAUAAAGUUUA